AUGCCUUCAAAAACUGAAGGAUCCCCCUCGCGUGAGGAAGAAAUACUGGGUCUUAUUGACACCACAUUUACUGCCAAGACCUCCGAAUUAUCUAUUUCUGCAGCUUAUGCACUAUGUGACAUUUUGCAUAAAUCAACUGGUUUCCAGGGUCUCAUAAACUACAAAAUACUGACAGAGAUAAAGAAGGCGUCCAUGGAUAAAAAAAGUGCGGUACGACGAGAAGGUGCUCAAAAUCUCCUAGGCGCGUUAUUUGAGCGCAUUCUUCCCCAACAAAAGAUGAGUGAGUUUGUGCUUUUACAAUUGGACGGAGGUAUGGUACCUUGUGCGCUAGAUGCACUUGCAGAUAAAGUUUCAUCUGUCCGUGACGCUGCGCAGUAUGGACUUGACGAACUAUUCAAAAACUUGAGUCCUGAGGCACUUGUAGUUGGGCUUCUUCCCAUCCUUUGUACCUAUCUCGAAAAACGGACAGGAAAAUGGCAAGCUACUGUAUUCGCUUAUAAGAUGCUGCAAAAAAUGGCUGAAAAGGCCAAGAUGGAGAUAGGAUGCAGCAAGAAAGAGGCUAACGAUAGGGAUAUUCUAAGAGAAGCUAUGGGCACCAAGCUGGCUGGUUUGAUACCUGUCGUGGAAACCGGAAUGCACGACUUGAAGAGCGAAGUUGAAAAACAGGCUGUGGCUACCAUGACUGCACUAACUUCGCUGUUAUCAAACGACGAUGUUGCUCCUCGAAUUCCACUCUUAAUUGAAACCAUGCAAAAUCCUUCGACUGAAACUCUACAGAAAGCAAUCCAUGCUCUAUCACAAACUACCUUCGUGGCUAUUGUAACAUCUCCUGUGCUCGCUCUUCUAACUCCUUUACUCGAGAGAUCUCUCAACACUCCUACCACAGCUCAAGAAGUCCUUAGACAGACCGUCGUCGUUGUGGAAAAUUUAACAAAACUCGUACACGAUCCUGUCGAAGCCAGAACUUUCUUGCCAAAAUUGAAGCCUGGUGUGAAAGGCGUCAAAGACCGUGCCUCACUCCCAGAAGUUCGACAGCUGGCUGAGCGUGCACUCUCAGUCAUUGAUAAAGCCAUAGGUGACGAUAACGGAGUAAAAUUGGAUGGAUCAAUAUCCCCUGUUACUUCAGGUGAUGUUGCUAAAGUACUCGACUCCGAGAUUGCGAAAGUUAGUGGCAAAGUUGGUGAUCAAGAUACCUUCAAACUAGCAAAACCAUACAUUUGUAACAUGAUUGUAGAAAACGUUCACCACCGUCAAAUAUCUCGCAUUUCAAACUGCCUCUUGCCAUAUCUCCAAAAUUGUAUUACUGAGGAAGGAUUGGCAGAAAAAAUCGCAGCAGGAGUACAACAGUUUUAUAUGGAUGAAGACCAUCGAAAGUUUGGCCAGCCAAUACAAGAGGAGGAUGGCGAAGUUGAGAUUGUUAACGCCGACUUUUCUCUUGCAUACGGAGGGAUGCUUUUACUAUCUCAUACUAACCUUCGCUUACUCAAGGGCCACAGAUAUGGACUAUGCGGCCGUAACGGCGCUGGAAAGUCUACCUUGAUGCGAAGUAUUGCCAGUGGCAAGCUUGAAGGCUUUCCACCUCAAGAUGUUCUCCGAACCUGUUUUGUCGAGCACAACCAGGGCGAAGACGCCGAUAUUAGCAUCCUAGAAUUUGUUGCAAAGGAUCCUGAAAUUGGAAAAGCAGGGCUGACCCGUAUUUCAGAAGUACUGUCCGAGGUAGGCUUCACUUCAGGCCCCGAAGGUCGUCAAUCAGAAAAAGUUGGCUCCCUAUCUGGUGGAUGGAAAAUGAAGCUUGCCCUGGCCAGAGCUAUGUUGAUGAAAGCCGAUGUUCUUCUUCUAGACGAACCUACCAAUCAUUUAGAUGUGGCCAAUGUAAAGUGGCUACAAGAGUACCUGAAGUCUCACACUGAGAUUACAUCAUUAAUCGUUUCUCACGACUCUGGAUUUUUAGAUGAGGUUUGUACCGACAUCUACCACUAUGAGCCUGGUAAAAAGCUUGCUUGCUACAAAGGAAACCUCGCAGCAUUUGUUAAGCAAAAACCGGAAGCGAAAAGCUAUUACACACUGUCUGCUUCCCAGGUUCAGUUUAAGUUCCCACCUCCUGGUAUCCUCACUGGUGUCAAGUCCCAAACUCGCUCUAUCCUCCGAAUGACUAACUGUUCCUACACAUAUCCAGGUGCUUCGAAACCAUCCCUACAUGAUGUCUCAUGCCAACUUUCUCUGUCUUCUCGAACGGCUAUCAUAGGGGGCAAUGGAGCCGGAAAAUCUACUCUCAUCAAACUUCUCACUGGCGAAACUAUUCCUACGACAGGACGCGUUGAAAAGCAUCCCAACUUGAGAAUUGGCUACAUUAAGCAACAUGCACUUGAGCAUGUAGAAAUGCAUCUCGAAAAAACUCCAAAUCAAUACCUUCAGUGGCGAUAUGCUAAUGGCGAUGAUCGCGAGGUUCACAUGAAGCAAACGCGCAUUCUAUCUGAGGAAGAUAAAGCACAAAUGAACAAGUGGAUCGACCUUGAUGGAAAAGGAGGAAAACGCAUUGAGGCUAUCAUGGGUCGACAAAAGUACAAGAAAACCUUCCAGUACGAGAUAAAAUGGCAAGGCAUGCUUCCAAAAUAUAACAGCCAGAUUUCUCGUGAAACUCUUAUCGAUCUUGGUUUUAACAAGCUUAUCCAAGAAUUCGACGAUCAUGAGGCUUCUCGCGAAGGGCUCGGCUUUCGAGAAUUAUCUCCAAAAGUAAUUAGUAAACACUUCCAGGAUCUUGGACUUGAUCCCGAAAUAGCAGAUCAUAACGAAAUAAGCGGUCUAUCUGGAGGACAGAAAGUAAAAGUGGUAUUGGCAGGCGCCAUGUGGAAUAAUCCGCAUCUACUUGUCUUGGACGAACCGACUAACUUUCUAGACCGUGAUUCGCUCGGUGGUCUAGCUGUCGCGAUUCGUGACUAUAAAGGUGGUGUGGUUAUGAUUUCUCACAAUGAGGAAUUCGUUGGUGCGUUGUGUCCUGAGCAGUGGCAUGUCGUUGCUGGCCGCGUCACGCACAAGGGCCAUCUCGCCGUCAGCAAUGAUCGAUUCGAGGAUAGCAGACCAGGAACAGCGUUUAACAGCAGUGUUACAAAUAGUGUUGUCAGCAGUGCCAAUGUCAGUGCUGUCAAUAGCGGCGUUGAAGAUAACACCGACAUGGCUUUCCGUGCCAAAAAGAAGAAGAAGAUGACCAAGAAGGAAUUGAAGGAACGUGAAGUUCGUCGACGUUUGCGACAUAUUGAAUGGCUCAAUUCGCCUAAGGGCACACCUCAUCCCCCGGACACUGAUGAUGAAUCCUAG